CCCUCCGCCUCUUCCUGGCCCCGGCGAGAGGAGCUGUGCUGGCAGCGGGGAGGCGGCUGCGGCGCCCAGCUCCCUGCCCGCCAUGGCGAUCCGCAAGAAGAGCAACAAGAACCCGCCGGUGCUGAGCCACGAGUUCAUCGUGCAGAACCAUGCGGACAUCGUGUCCUGCAUGGCCAUGAUCUUCCUGCUGGGGCUCGUGUUCGAGAUUACAGCAAAAGCAGCUGUCAUUUUUGUUACACUUCAGUAUAAUGUUACCAUUCCUGCCACAGGUAUGUAUCUUGCAGAAACAAUCUCUCUCUAUCACUAUGGCAUCAAAGACUUGGCUACGAUUUUCUUCUACAUGCUUGUAGCAAUAAUCAUACAUGCUAUAAUUCAGGAGUACGUACUGGAUAAAAUUAACAGAAAAAUGCACUUUUCAAAAACAAAGCAUAGCAAGUUCAAUGAGUCUGGGCAACUUAGUGCAUUCUACCUUUUCUCCUGUGUUUGGGGAACGAGUAUUCUUGUCUCCGAGAACUAUGUAUCAGAUCCAACCUCUCUGUGGAGGGACUAUCCGCACACUCUGAUUCCGUUUCAAAUGAAGUUUUUCUACAUCUUACAGUUGGCAUACUGGUUUCAUGCUUUUCCAGAAUUGUACUUCCAGAAAACUAAAAAAGAAGAUAUCUUUCGCCAGAUUGUCUACAUUGGACUUUAUCUCUUUCAUAUUGCUGGAGCCUAUCUCCUGAAUCUGACCCAUCUUGGACUUGUUCUUCUGGUAUUGCAUUACUUCGUUGAAUUUCUUUUCCACAUAUCCCGUCUUUUCUACUUCAGUGAUGAAAGAUACCAGAAAGGAUUUUCACUGUGGGCAGUUCUUUUUGUUUUGGGAAGGCUUCUCACGUUGAUUCUCUCGGUCCUCACUUUUGGCUUUGGACUGGCAAGAGCAGAAGAUCAGCAGCUGAAUUUCAGUACUGGAAACUUUAAUAUCCUGGCUGUUAGAAUUAGUGUGCUGGCCUCCAUCUGCAUGGCUCAAGCAUUUAUGAUGUGGAAGUUCAUUAAUUUCCAGCUUCGGAGGUGGAGAGAGCAUUCUUCUUCUCAGCCUCAGUCAGUGAAAAAGAAGUUCGUAACAGCUAAAGGAAAGACCUCCAGAAAAGAAAGAGAAAAUGGAAUAAAUGGAACAGUGACCUCAAAUGGAGCAGACUCGCCUCGUAGCAGGAAGGAUAAAUCCUCGUAAAACUGGGUUUUAUUAAGUUAAUUGACUAAUGUCCCCAAAGAAUCUGCUUUUUACAUGGAUGGCCCUUCAGCACUAGAGAUGUUAUGGAUUAAAGAAAAUACAAUUCAUGUUUUUUGAUUAUUGCUGUUGUUUUGAGAAACUUUUUUUAAAAGCCAUUUUGACUAAGGAAAAAGGUUUAUCUGUCUUCAAAUACUUGGGGGGGGUUACAACACUUUUUAAAUAACAUUGACACUUUUUUAAACAUUUAUUGUGAUGAAAUAACUUCACUUAAUGAGGAACACUGUUGCAAUGUAUUAUUUCCUUCCAGUUUUUGUAAUCUUGGUGAUAUAUACUGUUCUACCAACUUCACUUUUUCCAAGUUCUUCAAGUAUUGCAAAAUUGAAGUAAAAACUUAGUAUGCAUUUUCAGAUACUCUGGCUUUUCAGUUAAUUACCUUGAUUCAAAUUUACAGUUCAAAUUGGGAUUCUGAGACCACACCAAUAAACUUCUUUAUUUUGUAGUUAUUAGCUACACAAUGUCUGCUCUAAGAAUUGCCCCAUAUCAUUAAAACAAAGCUGAACUAA